UUUCGUUAGAGUUGAUCCGCUGCUAACGCAUCUACCUCGCAAAAUCAUGUCAGCCAAAAUUUUCAGUGUUCUCUGUCUGCUUGUUGCGGUAUGCUGCAUCUAUGCUGUCAGCGCUGCUUCCUCGGAAUACGAUGACACCUACUACGACAAAAAAACCAAAGCCGUCAGUCAGAAGGUUGCAGGAACCGAAUCCGCAAAUCCAUUGAAAUUAGUUUCGUUCAACGGCGGCGACUGCCAAUGUUCGAACUUGGCCUGCUCCUGCUGCACAGGUGUGAGAGUGAAGAAGCUUAAAUUCGACAAAGAAGUUUGCGCUGUCAUCGAGUACCUGAAACAAGAGAUCGGUGUUGGAGCAUCGAUCAAAGUCAACCAGAAACAGCUCCUGUCCACCUCCGUCUCCGUGAGCAACCCACCACCCGUGUGCUUGACUGUUCCUGACUUCCCUGCAGUGCAGUUGUGCCUUCGUUUCCAUGACCUCCAAAUCAGCGGAGGCAAAUUGCACGCUUGCGCCGACUUGGAAACGCGUGUUACCAAACUGCCGGUACUGGCUCUGCACUUCAAAUGUAUCACAGUCUAAUUCGACCAGCUCUUAUGAUGGUACCUUGGGAAAACCUUACAAACAUCUUCGAACACAUCAAUUCUUUCUAACAUCCAAAGAAACUGAACAACUAAAAUUGUGAUUCUUCAAACUUGUACGAAAAAGGUCUCAUGGUGCCGUGAACACUAGAACCAAAAUUUAAAUGUACUAUAUAUUUAUUCAAUUGGCAUAUAGACUUUCAAAUAAAUUUUACUUU